AGGGAUGCAACGCCGGUAGUCAAUACUACACCAGUCUAUGCAUGAGGGCAGUGAACCAGUGCAUAGGGAGGGCAAUUCGACAUAAAGACGAUUAUGCAGGUAUCGUCCUAGUCGAUGAUCGAUACCGCAAACUAGAAGUACAGCGAGAUUUACCGAAUUGGAUACGACAGCGUACAUUCUCAUGUCCUACGUACGGCUACUUUUUCCAGAAUCUUGCGAAGUUCUGUAGCAAGAUGGCAGGGAUGGGUGUCAAUUCGACCACCCAAACAGAAGCAUAA